AUGACAGUCAAAUGUGCUCAACAUCAAAGAUCACAUGAUUUGAUGUGUCCAAAAUGUAUUAUCAUUCACAACAGAGCAAAUCAAGAUCAUUUAGAUUACCAUGAUCAUAUAGAUAGUAUCAGACAAUCGUUAAGUCAUAAUCUUUUAGAUGUUGUGAGUGACAGUAAUUCGGAUCAUAAUAUUAAAGAUCAGAGUGGUGAUCAGUCUGAUGAUAUAGAUGAUAGUACUAUCAUAAGUAACACUGUAUUCAGAGAGAAAAUAACAUCACUUUGGAGUACUCUAAAGUCAUCGAGUGACAAAUAUCAAUCAUUAACUACAACCGAGAAUGAGAUCAAACAGCACUUUGAACAGCUCCACCAAUAUCUUAUUGUUGAAGAGCAUAAACUAAAGAAAGAUAUCAUCAAUAAUAAAGAUGCGAUAAUCAAUCUGGUCGAUAAUAAUAUGAAUCAAUUGAAAUAUUUAGUGAAUAUCAUUAAUAUCAAUAGUAAAUUAGAUAACGAUAAUGAUAAUAACACUGUUGAUCAACAUAUUAAUAGUGAUAGCAGCAACAACAACCAAGAUCAAUCAGUGAUAGCAGAUACAACAGAUCAAUAUUCAACUAUAGCUAUUAUGAAAUCGAUUACAUGCAGCUCAUCAUUAAAAUCGUUCGUCAAAGAUAAUAGUCAAUCAUUAUUCAGUCAUGAUCAAAAUCAAUUGAACAUUGGUGAACUAUUGACACAACACAACAAUGAUCAAAAUUCAAUCAUAUUAGAUAUUAUUAAUAAAUAUAAUAUUCAUUUAACAACUGAUAGUAAUAAUAAUCUAAGUGAUUGCAAUAAUGAUACUGAUUAUAAAGUAUCUAUUAAACAACCGGAUUUCAAUCAAUUAAAUUCCAUAAUACAACAAUCAAUAAUAUUAACAGCAACAUCACCACAAUCCACAGCAUCAACAUCAACAAAUAAAUCAUCUUUUAUAUUGGCAACACAUCAAUCAAAUGGAGCAACACUUAUUAAUACAUCAAAUAACACAACCGAAGAAUUACAAUUUAGUUAUGAUUUCUUCCAGACAAGUUCAUCGAUGGUAAGCGUUGGUGAAUAUGUUUAUAUCUUUGGAGGUGUUCCCUAUCGCAACAAAUGGUUUAGAUUUUCAUUGAAAUCGAAAUCGAUCGAUCAUGUUGGAGACAUGGAUAACUACUUUGCCGAUUGCUUUAUAUCGGUGUGUUACGAUGGCCAAGAUCUUAUCUAUCUGGUCAAUGGAUCAAUGAUGAAUAGAAUCGACUAUUUCAACGUAAGGACCUUUCAAUUCGACAGACUCUACAUGCCGAAAGAGAUACUCGGUCAACAACUAUCGUCGAUGUUCUACAAAGGUAAACUAUACUCAGUACCACUGCUCAAAAAAGUAAUUGCUGAAUUCGAUUUGACAAGUAAUCAACUAAUGUUGAAACAUCCAAUCGUCUCCUGUCCAAUGUCGGCGUGCCAUGACGAUAAUGGAAAUUUCUUCAUUCAUGGUUCAGAUGGUAGUCUAGUUAAAUUCAACGUUGAAACCAAACAAACAACUAAACUAAACGUUAAAACAGGCAAAGCCGAUAGUGUUUAUCUAUUGUAUCACCGAGUAUCAGCCGCAGAGAGUUUUGUAUAUUCAUUUGGUGGUGUGGACUAUGGUAAUUUCAAAUAUUCCAUUGAACAGCAACAACAACAACCAUAUCUUAUUGGUGAUAAACAUGUUAGAGCGAUGUAUGGAUCUGUAUCAUUUUAA